GGGUUUCCUCUCUAAGACUCUAUGUUUGACAUCCAAUAGCCAAUGAAUAAUUAAUCAAUGUGCUCUAGUGGUGUUGUUAAGUUAAACAAAACAAACUUUAACUAUAAUGUUUGUGUUUCAGAUUUUCCAUCAACUAGCUACAAGGGAAUUCCCAAGGACACUCGGCUGACGUUUCACCCCCAACACGAGGUACCUCUCCUGAAGAGUUGGUACGCCAGCUGCAAACAUCCCUCCAUCGAGAAACUUCGCUUCUACUGCAGCGAGUUAAACAAAGGACACAUUCGAAACGCAAGACCCCCAGUGACGCCAGCUCGACUCAAACUCUGGUGGAAAAACGAAAAACAGAAGGAACGACGGCAAAAAAGAGAAGAGUCAUCUUGCUCAAGCCAAGGACAGAUAAAUCCUGAUUCGAGUUCGGAAGCAUCAGUCAUAGAUUUACGUAGUGAAGUUAGCUCGGAAGGUAUUAGCUCUGAGAGGUGUGAGCUGGACUCCAGUGUGAACACACAAAGAUCUGAACAGUCAAGUGUGGUUAAUGUGAACACACCAAGACCUGAACAGUCAGGCGGUGUUCAGAUAAUGCUGUCGACAUUUGUAGAUUCACAGAAUUGGAUGCAGUGACAUCACACCAACAAAGCGGA